CUUACUCCACCAUUCUUAGUUCCAAUAAGGUUGGAACAUUAGCCAACAUGACAACCAGUGACUGUAAGAACAACUGUUCUGCAAGUUCUUCAUGUUGGUCUGGGAUCUCUACAGACGCAGGACUUUGCAUUUUACUUAAAUCACGAAUAGGUUCAGCAUCCCUUUCAGAUGUCACCAUGUUCAAAAAGUCAUGCGUAGAAGUGGCGGUUGUACAAAAAGAAAACGUCAUUUCGCCACCAACUGAAAACAAAGACCUCCAGCCUUUGCUCAAUUGUUCGAGUAUACAACAAACAGGAGGAGGAGUGACUGUACCAGUUGUAACAGAGGUUACAGAAUUCAGCACAGUGCCCGACAUUUCUCCAACAUCAUGUUAUGUGUAUGAAACAGUAAAUGUUACGAGUAUAUACAACACAACAGAAGUUAUAACUGUUAAUGAAACAGAAACAUUCUAUGUUACGGCAUCAGUGAGUUCAUUGAACGUAAUAAACGUAACCGAAACAGUUAACGUAACUGAAACUGUAACCGACACUGUGAUAGUAUCAAGUAUUUCAGUAAUAACUUUAGCCCCGACAGUAACUAACAUUCUAGGUGCGAUUCCGACGGUUACUUCGACCGUUGUUGUCAGUGACACAUACAACGUGACAAACGUGUUUAACGAAACUGAUAUAUAUAAUUUCACGUCAACUAUAUAUCAUUCGCUUUGCACGGAUUCCUGUAGAAACGGUAAUCAAUCUUAUCUGUCCCCAAAUGACCCAUUGUUACUAGAAGCCAUUGCAAGUAUGUCGAAAGAACUGACAGUGGACAAAAAGAAAACAAAUUCUGCCAUUAGAAAAUUGACAAGUGCGUCAGACAGUCGACCGUCGUCCCGUGCUAUUGGAAUAUCAGGAUUAAUACUUCUCAUAGUACCUUUAUCGCUGAUUGUAAUCUGUGAUUUGCCUGCUAUUUUGCGUAAAACUAAACGCAUGAUUGAACGAUGUCGUAGGCCUAGCAAUUACCAACUUUAGUAUCACUCACAUAUUGUGUAUUCGCAGAACAUAGUGCGUUCCUGAUGACCGCCUUUAGCAAAAAGGUUAGACAAAUCCAAAUAUACAUUAUAUAUGUUUAGCCUUAGACUUCAACUGUUUAUGAUGUCUUUACACUAAUUCCGUUGGAUAUUUACCGAAUCAUGUUACAGGCUGGGGAAAAGCAUGUGUUGGUUAUUAUUUGAAAUUGGUUUUGAGCUAGCUUUCAAUAACCGCUAGUUAUCUUUUUUGAAGACAUUUUGUCUAUAUUAGUUAGUUGAUUACGAAUUGUGCCGAUCAGCUGACUAGAGACCGUUUGAUCAUAUUUUGAUAUGUUGUUCUGGUACACUACUAUACAAGGUUAUGAAAAUAGUUGAGCGUUAGCAAAACAUGUUUAACCAAACUCAUACAUGUAUGUCCAUUACAGUCUCGAUAUCUUAUUAAAUAUACCGUAAUGUAUCUAUUUUUAAUGUAAAAUGAAUCUUCAAAAAAAAUUGCACAUAUUAAUCAAAGAACUUAAAAUUGUUUUACUUGGGCACACUUGGCCUCCAAGUGUUUUACUUCAUUAAAAUUCGCCUUGUGAGACUUUGUUGUGAUAUAGUUCGCUGAGCAUUUCGUUCAUAAAUAAUCUUUUUGUAGCUUUCGAGACACAACACUAAAGUACCAAAAAAAUUGUGACGAAGUUACAUGGACAUUUAGAGUGUUGAUUAAAGAGAGGUAAUUCAGAUUUAUAUAUAUAUAUUGCAAAGAGACUAAGUAACGUUUUAUGUUAUGUCUCUUGUUACACAUUCAUUGAUAUUUUUCUA